GACGUAUACUCGUUCGGGGUGCUCUUAUGGCAGAUGUGCACCGGAGAGCGGCCCUACGCCGGUCUGCAGGCGGGGCAGGUGCUUCUGGGCGUCAAGACGGGCAACCUUAAGUUGGAGUGGCCGGCGUGGGUGAGCAAGAGCCUGGUCAAGGUGGGGCAGGCAUGCCUACGCUUCGAGCCCAAGGCGCGUCCC